AUGGUGCUGGCGGUAGAGGACAGCGUGGUGCGGGUGGUGGUGCGAGUACGGCCGCCCACCCCACGGGAAUUGGAGAGCCAGAGGAGGCCUGUGGUCCAGGUGAUGGAUGAGAGGGUACUAGUGUUCGACCCUGAAGAGCAGGAAGGCCUCAAGUGGGGCAGUUUCCAGGAGGGCCCUAAGAAGAAGGGCCGAGACCUGCCAUUCGUGUUUGACCGGGUGUUUGGUGAGACAGCUAGCCAGCAGGACGUGUUCCAGCACACCACCUGCGACCUGCUCGACAGCUUCCUGCAGGGCUUCAACUGCUCUGUGUUUGCUUAUGGAGCUACAGGCGCUGGGAAGACACAUACCAUGCUGGGCACGGAGGAGAACCCUGGCAUCAUGUACCUUACCACCAUGGAAUUAUACCGGCGCCUCGAGGCCCAGCAGGAGGAGAAGCAAUUCAAGGUGCUCAUCAGCUACCAAGAGGUAUACAAUGAGCAAAUCCAUGAUCUCCUGGAACCCAAGGGGCCGCUUGCCAUCAGGGAGGACCCCGACAAAGGGGUGGUGGUGCCAGGACUUUCCUUCCACCAGCCAACCUCAGCUGAACAGCUACUGGAAAUGUUGACCCGGGGGAACCAGAACCGCACACAGCACCCCACGGACGCCAAUGCCGCUUCCUCUCGUUCUCAUGCCAUCUUCCAGAUCUUUGUGAAACAGCAGGACCGGACGCCUGGCCUGACUCAGGCCCUGCAGGUGGCCAAAAUGAGCCUGGUGGAUCUGGCAGGUUCAGAACGGGCAUCCAGCACCCAUGCCAAGGGAGAGCGACUUCGGGAAGGAGCCAACAUCAAUCGCUCCUUACUUGCCCUCAUCAAUGUCCUCAACGCCCUGGCCGACGCUAAGGGCCGCAAGUCCCACGUGCCCUACCGUGACAGCAAGCUGACCCGCCUGCUCAAGGACUCGCUGGGUGGCAAUUGCCGCACUGUGAUGAUCGCGGCCAUCAGCCCCUCUAGCCUUACCUUCGAGGACACCUAUAACACCCUCAAGUACGCAAACCGUGCCAAGGAGAUCAAACUCUCGCUGAAGAGCAACGUGAUCAGCUUGGACUGUCACUUCAGCCAGUAUGCCACCAUCUGCCAGCAGCUGCAGGCUGAGGUGUCCGCCCUGAGGGAGAAGCUGCGAGUAUAUGAGGCAGGAGGCCCUGCCCCCCAGCUAGAGCCUCCACCUUCUCCCAAACAGGGCCCUCCACAGCCUCCCAGCUCCUCGUCACCCUGCCUUUCCAGUCGGCCAUGUACCCCAGAGCCCCACCCAGAAUCCUCAGUUGUCCUAGCAGAGAGCCAGGUGGCUGAAGUCCAAGAGGAGAGGGGCAUGGAGGUGAAGGCUUUGGAGAAAGAAGAGGAGGAGGAAAAGGAGGAGAAGGUUUCAGUGCAGGGGCCAGAACAGACCUGUACCUUCCCACAGACUCAGUCCCCUGCUCCUCCCCUGCAAUCCCAGCCGCCUGCAGACCAGCUGUCCCCACCACCCCAGUGCAGAGACCCCUCCAAACAGCUGGCCUGGAGGGUGCUAUGUCUGGCCCGGCGCCAGUUCUCCCUGCUCCAGGCAGCUGACCUCCUGACUCCUGACAUGGUGGCUGAGUUUGAGACUCUCCAACGGCUGGUGCAAGAGGAGCCAGGGGCACCAGAGGUCUCGGGGAUGCCAGGGCCUGCCUGCAAGGUCCCUCUGUGCCCGGAGCUGAGCCCAGACACCAGGUCGUCAGAAUACUCUGGUCCCGUGACCCGCACCAUGGCCAAGCAGCUGGCUCUAGGACUCCCACCUGGGCCGCGUCAUGUUCCAAUCCAGAGUCCCCCAAGGCCCGUGGAGAAGAAGAGGAGGAGGGCACCAAGUCCCGUGGAGGCUGAGAGUCCCCCGGACCCGGAGCACAAGCGGCAGCGCCAGUCCUUCCUGCCCUACCUGCAGAGGGGGUCCCUGCCUGAGGCUCAGCUCUCCAUGGGGACCCCCAUCCCCAAGCAGGGAAAGGCCUCCUCCCCCUUCCAUUCCCCUCGAGUCUGCCCAGCCACCGUCAUCAAAAGCCGGGUGCCCCUGGGCCCCUCUGCUCUGCAGAACUGUUCCACCCCAAUGGCCCUGCCCGCUAGGGACCUCAACAUCACCUUUGACCUCUCGGACGAGCCGCUCUCUGCACUGAGCUUCCCCAAAGGCCUGGGCUGGGAACGUGAGCCCCAGCAGCGGAAUGGGCUGGACCCAUCCCUCAUCUGUAGUGGCCCUUUGCCCUUGUUCACCGUGAGGGGCCCCAAGCCUGUGCCUUCCUUCCCCAGGACUUCAGCCCACAAGAAGAGACGAAUUGUGAGUGCCUCAGUCUCCCGCUCACUGGGAGUCCACCGGGGCCACAGCCGCAUUGCCCGUCUCCCCAGCAGCACCCUGAAGAAGCCACUGAACCCUUUGCAGCUUCAGAUGGUUUCCAAGAAGCUCUUUGAGCAGGGGGCCCUGGGCUACACCCGCCUAAUAGUCUGA